GGACUUGUAAGGGCCAAGCCAAAGCCCAGAGAUGGAAGCAGACAAGGUCACAGAAGAGCCUCAUACCACCAUGGAUGCAGAGAAGCACCCCUCUUCAAAGAACCCCUCUGCCAAGGAUUCACAGGAGCCCCCUAUCCCUGAAACCCCUUUGGAGCCUUCCAUCUCUGAGACUCCUUUAGAGACCCAUACCUCUGAAACCCUUUUGGAGCCCUCCGUCUCUGAGACCUCUUUAACCUACUCUGUCUCUGAGAUCCCCUUGGAGACCCCUAUCCCUGAGACCCCACUGGAGACUCACUUCUCUAAGGUCCCAGAGAAACACCUUACUUUUCUUACCUUAUCAGUAGGCCAUGUCCCUGUGUCUUCCUCUGAUGCUCUGAAGGAAGACCUCUUCUCCGAGUCUUCCUCCAGUGAGGUCUUGUGGACAAAAAGGUCCAUCCAGACCUCUGAAUCUGAGAUCCUUCAAAAGGACUCCCGUUCAGGCCCUUCAACCCAGGUCCACUUGGACAGAGCAGAGAAGAGGGAAGAGGAAGGAGAGGAUAAGGAGGGAGUGGAUGCCACUGACAGCACUGCUCACACAGCUCAGCCUGCGCACCUACUGGGCAAGAAGAAGGGGAAGAAAGGAGUUAGCCGUAAUUGCUCCUGCCCUGUUCCAUGUUCUCAUCACUGUCUCUCACCUGCCCCAGGGGGACUGGGUUACUCUUUGACCUGGCCCCUUCUCUUAGUUUUAGGCCUCCUCACUUCCCCUAGGUUACUCAGCCCUCCCUUCCCAGGGUACACAGUCCACCCAGUGGUCCCUGCUAAGCAGGCAGAGUUGGCAGAAGUUGCUAAGGCAAUGCACAGAGAGAAGUUUGGUGCACAGGUGAAUCAUCUUUUCCAGUGGGAGAAGAAUGCAGCCCUGAAUGCCAUCCAGACAGGCCUCUACAUUGGCUGGCGCUGCCCCCAUUAUCUAUGGGACUGUUUUCGGAUUGGGGAUGAGUCCAAGUGCUUUUGUGGACACUUGUUGAGAGAGCACCAGAUCAUUUCAGACAUAUCCGUGCCCUGCAAUGUGGGCCAGUGCCGCUGCCUCAUGUUCUGUUUUAUCCCAUCAUGCCCAGAGGAGGUGGGUGAGUUCUGGCUCAAAAGACGGGCCACUUUUGACCCCAAGGCCUGGAGAGCCCAAUGUCGCUGUAAACACAGCCACGAAGACCACGCAGCUACCAGGUCCCAUCCCUGUAGGGUUAAAGGCUGUUGCUGCAACUUCUUUGAGUCUAAUUUCCUCUGUGCGGCCUGUGACCGGUGCUGGGAGGAACACGAGACUUUCUUUGAGACUAAGGAGACCCGGCGACAAGGAGGGAGGCCUCACGGAACAGACACUGUCAACACCUGGCACAGGCCUCUGUGAGCCUGGCCCAGAUCAGCAAUAAAAGGGAAGCCGCUGGGAUCUGACCUGGCUCUGUAUGGGGCAGAUAGGGCCCAGC